AUGGCUUCCUGUCUGGUCCCCGACUUCCCGGCCGUCAUGGUUGCUCUCGAGCAUUUAAAGGAACUAGACAAGCAGCUGAAAGAGGACGGAAUACCUUUCGCACCUGAAGCCAGCCUCCACCUGGCAGAGAUAACUGCUGCUAUCACUGGGCUGGAGGCAGAUCGGCGUGCUGCUCAUGAACAUUUAGAAGUGGAAACUAUAGAAAACAGCAAACUAAGACAUCAAAUUAACAAUAUAAGAGAAAGAAUGAGCCGGGAGAUCAUGGCUGACGUAGCAGCGGCCCGGGCAUCCAAUGCUGAGGAGAUUGAGCAGCUACACAAAGACCUCAGUGCAGUCUCUCAGCUACAAGAAGUCACUGUAAAGAGGAAGGAAGCCCUCUUGAGCCAAAAUGAAGCGCUGUGCCCAGAGCGAGAGCGGGUGAAGGCCGAACAUGAAGAGAUCGUUGCUAAACUGAAUGAUCAAAUCACCUUCAAGUAUGGCUUGCAGAUGCAGCUGGAUCAGACAAGGGAGCAGAUCGAGGAGCUGAAGUCCUUCACCGCCGCUGUUGAGCAGGAUAAAAUAACACUGCAGCAAAACAUGGCGCUGGAGAGAGAGGCGUUCACUUUGAAGCAAGAUAACCUGUCUGGAGAAGUGGACCAGGUCGAGGGGAAAAUUAAGCAGCAGAAACAAGCGGUCAGGAGGAGCAGAAGAGAGUUGGACAGAGUUAACGACAAGAAGCGAGAGACCCAUGGCCAUCUGGGCGAGCUCAUGAUUCACAUGGCCAAGCUGGAGAGCAGUUUGCAAAGACUGACAGCAUCUCGGUGUCAGUGUGAGACACAGCUGGAGGGGGAGACCCAAAAGCAUCAGGAAUUGAGACAACAGAGAGAAACGCUGAAGAAAGAGCUGUGUGAGUUAGGCGAAGCCUUUAGCCUUGCCAUCCAGCGUCUUAAAGAGGAAAUUGCCACAAUGGAAGAUAAAAUAGAGGAGGGUCGAGCAUCAAGAUCAGUCCGUCAAGACUCCCUGGCUCAAAUAUAUGAAAGAUUCAAGCACCAGCGUGAGGAAGAGAAUGAAGUAAAAGCAGAGCAUUUCCACAUCUCACAGCAGCUGGAGCGAUCCAGGCUGCAGCUGGAGGAGCGCAUUGCCUUCAUAGUCAAACACAGAAAGGAGAUCAAAGAGAUGGACAAGCAGAUCACAGAACUCCUGGAGGCCGACGCAAUCAACAGGCACAUGUUUGAGAGGAAUCAGGAAGAGAUGUGUGGUGACGUGGACACAGAGAAGAGGAACGUCAGUCAUUUUGAGGAGGAGAAGAGGCAGGUAACAACGCUGUUGGAGGAGGCAAAGAAGAAGCAGGAGGAGCAUGUGGCAAAGAUGACCUCCGAUAUCCGCAGCGUCAGGAGGAGAUACCAGGAGCUUCGACAAGAGGAGGCUGCGCUCCAGCAGCGGCAGCCCAAGAGUGCAGAUGCCGACUUGCUGAUGAGCCAUAUGACCCAGUGUGAGGUGGAGUACAGACAGAAAGAGACCCAGCACCAUCUGGAAAUAGAGCAAUGCACGGCAGAGACCGAGAGCAUUAUGAGGAGCAACGAGGAGAAGCAGAGGGAGGUGGAGGAGAAAGAGGAGAUGCUGAAGGAGGUGGAAGCGAAGUGGGACGAAGAGAAAUCCAGGCACAGGAGGCUGGAAGCGCUGACCACCGAGCUGAGGAGGAAGAGGAACGAUCUGGAGCUGUCUAUUCAGAGGCUGAAGGAGAAAACCAGCUCUCUGCUUCAGCCCAGAGAGGAAAUGAAGGCCGAGCUGGAGGAGAUCAGAGAAAGUUACAUGGAAGGUCUCAGCAAACAGGCCUCAGAUCUGAGAGCUGCAGAGAUGAGCAUCUAUGACAAUAGAGUGAAACUGGAGCAGGUCAGCAUGGAGAACAGCAGGCUGCUUCUCUGUAUCACACAGAUGACAGAAGCUGUUAGCAGAGCCAGAGAGGACAAAGAUAGAUACUGGCAGGAGAUUCACCAGUUCAGGCAGGACAUACAGGCCAUGUUUGAGACUUUGCAGGGAGCGUGGAGACAGGAUUUCUUGGUAACUCAGGACUGUCAGAACAGGGAUGGUGUUCUGCUGGUGUCGAUGAGCGCCACAGUUAACUGUCUGAAGACCAGGAGACAACAGUUAGGGCACGUCAGCACACUCCUACACCAAAAAAUGUUAGACUUUAGCAAACGACUGGGAGAUAAAACGGCUGUAGAACAGCAGAGCUGA